UUGUAGGCAAAAUAGAAAAUAAAACAUCAUGGUAAUUAAUAUAGAUUGAUUAGAUACAAUGUGAGCACGAGCAGGAUUCUAAACGUCUAGCUGAUUAAUUAACAUAAAAAUAUAUAGAGAAAUUCUAUUUAAAGCUGGUUCCAGUUGUUUCUUACGUGAAAAAUAAUAAACGAAAUUGUCUUUCGUUCUGUAAAAGAAUUACCAAUAAUUCAUCCAGCCUUAUAAAUAGGUAGAAACGUAUUGUAAAUCAUGAGUUUCCUUCAGUGAAUUUAUAGUUAUUUGAGAAAGUGUAAAGCUGGCCAUCAGAAACAUAUCUAGCUAUUUAACUAUUUCAGCUUUGAAAACGCAGUAGUAACCUACGAAAUUAAAAAUUUGUUUCCAAAAACAGAAGUAAUAUAUUAAUCCCUCUUUAACUAAAGGGAAAUUGAACUGAUCUACAUUAUGGUUUUCAACUCACUUACGUGUUCGAUGGUUACAAGGAAACGUGAAGUACAACAUAAACCUUUACUUCAGGAUAAUGAAAUAUUGAUAUAGGUCAUAGAAAUUCCUUUAAAAUGGAUAACGAAAUAUAUAACAUUAUUUGUCUCAUUAGCGCAUGCAUAUUGCUUUGUCGUUAGCUAAACAGAUACAUACUCAGCUUUAUACGCAAUGCCGCAUUAGACUUUAACCACUAUUCAACAAUGUUAUGCAUGGCAUAAUCGGCAACUGACGACCUGGAAAAGUACUUACAAACGGCUGUAUUAACCAGGUGAGAUUCUGUAACACAUAUACUGUAGAACAUGAAGUAUUCGUGGCGUAUCAACUUUGUUGUUUGUUGGCUGAUAUGGAGCUACGGAGAUAAAUUGUACAAAUUAAUUCAGUAAAUUUACGUGGCAAAUGUUUUAUAUGGGAUAUUCACAAUUUUAUUUACUUGAAAAUCAUGUCAAUAUCUUCACACCACGAAGACAAGUACUCACGAAUAUUUCACGUCACACAGUACUAACAUUAAUGACCAGUAGACAAAUUUAGUUCACUUCGCAUUCUAUACUGUAACUUUAAUAGAUACUAUAUAUUUGUUAUUCUUUACGGUAUUUCAGUUUGUGUUUUUCUUGGAAAUUUCAACUAUAUCCCCUGCCAACGUUUGUUUGAUCAUUUUUUUUAAUCAUUUUUGUUCAUUUUUUUAAACUUUAUUUGUCCUAUUGCAAUGUAAUUCAAUUUAAAACAUCCUAAAAACAAAAUCAUUUACUAUAAUAGCAUGUUCAUUACUUUUCUGAUAUGCACGUAUAGCAUUUUAACAGCAAUGACAUUAAUAACUUAUAGAGAAUUUGCUAUAUUCCUGCAUUAAUUCAACUAAUCCUAUGAUUUGUAUAUUUCUUUCAGUAAACCCCUCGGCACCACCAUUACAACAAACAAACGAACUUGCGCAACAAACAGGUGGUAGCUCAAGCGGUGCUGUUGGCAUUGGCGGUAUCAUGGCUGAAUUGCAGGAAAGCCAUAACUUGCAGAACGACCUGAGACAACUAGUGAGGGAAUCUCGGAGACGCUUUAACACUAACCUUAUUAGAGCGAUCAGUGCAAGAAUACGAAACGAAUCACAGACUAACCCUUCUCGACAACACAAUAAUGCUAUGUCAGGAAUCGCUGUUGAUUCUAUCGUCGACAGACCAAGACCCUCUGCCGACCCUAAUGGACUCAGUCCAUUUGAAGUAGACGUUGACUCGAUAAAUCCGUUUGCCGCUUCAGCGACAACUGUGAGCCCUCCCAGUCGAGGCCAGCUGCGUCCACAAACAUCUUUUCGCAGUUCAUUCAGUGGUCGUCAAAAUAUGAUGAGCAUGGGUGUGUUUAAUAAUCCAGCCGGCGGAGUCCCAGUGUUUCUUCCUACAGCUGCUGGCGCACCAACACGUCUGUAAUAAUGUAACAUCUAAGAACUGGUUUAGACACUGGGCCACGAAGUAUCUAUUGUCUAGGUUUCGAACGUCCUCAAUGGCACAAAUACUUUUAUAUGUGUAUUAUUUUGGGUUUUCACAGAUUUUGUGACAUUGCUUUCAUGGACCUUAUGCUGGUAGGAUAGGAUUUGUGUCAUGGGAAACUGACUUUCGAAUUAAUCGUAUCAGAGGUACAUUUCCAGCAAAUCAUAUCGAGGACUAGUUCUCUCGAUAUAUUUUAUACACAGUUAGUAAUAUCUGAAUGAUAGAAGGAUAUGGUUUCUAAUACAAGUAUACAAGAACUUCACUGAUUAGUACAGAUUUUAUUAUCACUGUCACAUAGAUAAUCGAAAAGUAAGUACACUUAUCAGAGCUCAUGAACACGCUGCCUCUUUAGAAAUAAUCAUUCGUCUUCUAGGAGCUCGGUGUGUUUAUAUAAGUUAGGAUAAUCUCUGAUAACAGUGCUUUUCACUAACAUCAUAAAUUUAGAAUUAUUUCGUAUUCGUAUGAUAGAUACAUUAGUAACUCUCUAUUCAUUAUAAAUAAGUUAACUUAUAUUAAAAUAUUUUUGUUUGAGAUAUUUCAAAUACUCAGAUGCACGGCUUAGUACGGGUAGUACAUAGUACGAGUAUAAAUUUGAGUCUCCACGGAUAGAGUCCUUAGUACGGGUAAAUGUCUGAGUAAGAUUUGUAAAGGUCUCAUUCAAGUGUCAGUAUGAGUGCCAGACAUAGCACAGGUAAAUAUCCAGAUAUAUCACAGGUAAAUAUCCAUACAUAGCACAGGUAAAUAUCCAGACAUAGCAAAGGUAAAUAUCCAGACAUAGCACAAGUAAAUAUCCAGACAUAGCACAGGUAAAUAUUCAGACAUUUUACAGGUAAAUAUCCAGACAAAGCACAGGUAAAUAUCCAGACAUAGGCAUCCAAUACAAAUGUCAUCAAUACUUUUUAUAUCACAAUCAAUUGUCAUUUGGUUAAAAUAAUGUUGGAACAUUGAUAAUAUUUAUUUACAUACCAUUUUAGUCACACUGCAUUCGUCUCACAUAUCUUUAAUCAUACCAUGGUAUACCUAUAUAAACAGUAGUUAGGUAUAAUGUAACAGUAUCGUAUUUUGAUAUAUAUAGUUGAAAUAUUUACAGUUGAUAGUGAAUAGUCGGACCUCGUUAGCUUGAAAUGAAUGGGGCCAUGAAAAACUUCAACAGAGUAUUCGAGGUAACCGUGUAUAGUUUAUAGGAUUCUUUUACCGUCGGAACUAAUUGCUAUAAUCGAGUUUAUUAUGGUAUUCAAAAUAUCAGAUAUCCAAAUAACGAAGUUUGACUGUAUGCAUAUUAAGGGGGUAUUUAAAAAAAAAUGUAUGUUAAUAACUACACGUAAUGGUAUAUGUAUACUUAUAAAAUCGUUGAGAUAUAGUAAGGAAAUAUAUGUAAACAUUUCUAAAACUGUAUAAUUAACUAUAUGCUGUAUGUACACAAGACAUUCAUCUCCGUUCAAUAGUUCGUCUCAGUUCAGGCAAUCAUUUCCAUUUGAUCAUUAUACAUUUUACAGUUUCAUUUGUCACCUUAUUUUAUUGAUUUUAAGCGUUCACCAAAACAAUAGAAUUUUGUGUAUGUUUGUAGUACCAAGUACUAUUUGUUUCGUUUUAACUGUAUUACUUUUGUGAACAUGCCGUAAAUAAAAGAUAUAUUGUCAUUAA